AUGGUCAAACGCAAGCUCGGCGCACUUGAAAAAGUGGACGCAGAUCUCGCGAACCUCCAGAACAAAAUCAAACGCGACCCGAAAUCGUACCAGACCGACUUCCUCUACCAGCACGUCCAAUAUGAAAACCAACGGCAGAUUUUCAUGCAGGCGCCGACGUCGGCGUCAGACAGCGGCGUCAUCUCGUUCCGCGAACUGAUCGAGUUCGUGGCCCACGUGUCAGACUGCUAUAAGGAAGAGACGAAAGAGUUCCCGCGGCAAUUGAUUGAGAUUCUGUCCGCACACCACGCUACCCUGGAGCCGGAACUACGUGAAAAGAUUGUGGGCAGUCUAGUGCUGCUGAGGAGAAAAGACAUCAUCGACUCGAACACGCUCCAUCAAUGCCUGUUUCCCAUCUUGAUCUCGACGCCGAGCAAGUCCCUACGCGCGCUGCUUUUCCAGAAGAUCAUCAGCGAUCUGCGCACGGCGAAUACCAAAAGCAUCAACCACAAGCUGAACCGGACUGUGCAGACGACACUACACAAUUUGGUGACGGAUGAUCGGUCCUCGCCGAAGGCGCUAUGGGCCGUCAAAAUCACCCGCGAGAUGUGGAAACGGCAGAUCUGGACGGACGCGAAGGCCGUCGAGAUCAUGAAAGAGGCGGCGCUGAGUGACAAUGAGAAAUGUGUCGUUGGAGGAGUGCGUUUCUUUCUUGGAGGUGACAAGGAGCGUGAAGAGUUGGAGGACGAAAGUUCCGACGAAGAGACGGUCGAUAUGGGCAAGCUGCGGCAUCAGAUCGGGGUGAACAAGAAGAGCAAAAAGGCCGAACGGAGACUGGAAAAGGCGGCCGCCACAAUCCGCCGGAAAGAGAAGAAAAAGGGACAGCCGCAUCCAUUGAACUUCUCGGCCCUGCAUCUCUUGCAUGACCCGCAGGGGUUCGCGGAGACGUUGUUCUCAAAACACCUGCAGAGCAGCAAAUCGAAGUUGAACUUGGAGCAGAAGCUGCUCGUCUUACAGCUGGUGUCGAGGCUGAUUGGCUUGCACAAGCUGACGGUGAUCAGCUUCUACUCCUACUUCUUGAAGUAUCUGACGCCUCGACAACCGUCCGUGACAUCUUUCCUCGCCUCACUAGCACAAGCGACGCAUAAUCUGGUACCGCCAGACGACUUGGAACCACUGAUUCAAAAGAUUGCAAACGAGUUUGUUUCAGAAGCUGCGGCCGGAGAGGUGGCCGCGGCAGGCUUGAACGCGAUUCGAGAAAUAUGCGUGCGGCAGCCGUUGGCCAUGAAUGAUACCUUACUGCAAGAUUUGGUCAUGUACAGAAAAAGCAAAGACAAGGGAGUCAUGAUGGCCGCCAAAGGUCUUUUGGGGUUGUACAGACAAGUUGGAGCGGAGAUGUUGAAAAAGCGCGACCGUGGCAAAGACGCCGCACUUGGUCUGCGUUCUGGCGAUCAGAAGCAGCAGAGGUUUGGCGAGGAGGCGGUAGGAGAAAUCGAAGGUCUUGACCUACUGGAGAAAUGGAAACAAGAGGAGAAACAGAGGAGAAGACUCGAAAAGGGACUUGAUCCAGAAGCUUCCGACCAAGAAGGCGAAGAUGACGAAGAAGAUUGGAAUGCUUGGGAUGUGGAAGAAGACGACAGCGACGAUUCCGGCGGUUGGAUCAACGUGGAAAGCGAUGACGAAAUCGAGAUCAGCGAUAGCGACGACGACAAGCCAUCCACGAAGAAAGUCAGGUUCGAGGCUCAAGGAUCGAAAAGCGACGACAAGGAGAACCAAUCCACCACGAAAGAUGACCCUGACGCAGAGGCGACCACUACACAGUCGAAAUCAAGUCUGGCCACUACGCGCAUUCUGACCCCGGCCGACCUCGCCAAAUUGCAGGAACUUCGGACUACCGCUUCGGUGUCGUCGCUGAUGAAGAACCACAAAGCUCACCACACAGCACGGACGGCACAGACUAACGCGCAACGACAUAUCGACGACCCUCUGACGGCUGCCGAGAUCGAGGGUCUGGCUUCGCUGUCACAGGGCAAGUCGACGCGAGCCCAGAAACUGGCAUUGCUCCAGGAACACAGGGAUGAGCGGGAAGAUCAUAAAUCCAAAGCCGCCAGGAAGAAGGACCGCAAGGAAAGUGAAGGCAAGAGCACCACCAACAAGGAAAAGGCGCGGAAAAAGAAUUUCCUCAUGACUUUGGGCAAAGCCAAGUCGAAGGGGAAGAGGAGUUUGGUGGAACAUCGCCGGAUUUUGAAAGCUCACGCGGACAGGUCAAAGAGGGGCGGAAAGAGAGGAAACAGGGGUUGA